UAGCAGCCUUUAAACGAAAAAUGUAAAGGUAUCAAAUAUAAUCUAAAACAAAAAAAUACAUUGGAAAGAGCCUUAAUUAAAUCCCCUUUUGAUUAAAAUAAAAUUGACACGCAUCAACGUAAUAAACUUCAUUUCCAAUUCAACCACAAAUUCACACCGCCAAAACAUGUUUUCGAUUAACAAACACUCCUAUUUGCACAACUACCACGCCGAUAUAAACCCGGGACUAAUCAACAGAUGCGUAGACAAAGCCUUCGGUUUCACGAGCUUGGACGUGCACGACCUGGAGCCGCCCUUCCAGCGCCUGUGCUCGGAACAACCGAACAUCCCGGUGCAAAACUUGGACGUCAUCCACCGGCCCAUCGGCUACGGCAGGGGCGCCAUGGUGAAGCUGCGGCACGAUCUCAGCGAUCACGACGACCUCGUGGUCGCCGCCUCGCUGGAGUCCAUCACCGAGCUGGUCAUCGACUCCGAGUGGGCCUUCGAGGCCAUCAAGCUGCGGCUGAUCGAAAGGUUGGUGAAUCUGUUGAUGCACGACAACGCGGUGAUCAGGGAGCGAAGCGCCAUCGUUUUGUGGAAGAUCGCCAAGCUGGCCAAAGCUAGGGAGAUUAUAGUCGCUAAUAAGGCGUUGUUGAACAAUGUGUCGUUUAUACUGGAGGAUCAGUGCGAGGCGGUCAGAGUGCACGCUGCUAAGAUGCUGUCCACCGUCGCGGAGUCUUGGACAGCCGCUGAUGAGCUCAUAAAGUUCGGAUUCAUCACCAUACUCCUGCAAAUCAUCAAAGACAAGGAGGAGAAAUACAUAAUACUGAUACAUCUGGGCACGUUGAAGUCGCUCAUGUACUCCAUGACGGGAAAAUCGGUCGCUAUGGAGUACCACGGGUUCGACGUGAUGUUGGACUACAUAACCGACGAGAACACGGACGUUUCGAGCGAAGCGCUCUACUGCCUCGCUCAAAUGACCACCACUUGCUUGGGAGAGAAACUGGCCAGGGAGAAGAAGCUGAUGGCCACUUUGGAUAGCUUAUUGCACGAUGAGAGGGCCAGCGUUCACACAGCCACAGCUUCUGUGAUAAUGUUUUGCACUGUUAAAGCAGCCGGUAAGAUGAUGGCUGCGGAAUAUCCCCGUAUCGUUCCGAGAUUGUUGCAACUGGCUCAAAACUUCCAGAAUCCUUCCACCCAAAUGUACUCCAUCAAAGCUUUGACUAACAUCAGCGAAAACCCGAAGAUCAGGCGAUUGUUGCAGGAGAAGUACUCGCAGGAGUUGGGUCGCAUUCAAAUAAAGCAAGAUGAGGACAUUGAAAUGUGGAAGACCCAGUUGAUGGACGUUGUCAGCUGGGUACCUUAGAAUCGUUUGGAACCGA